GCCACGUGCAUGCAAAUUUUCAUAUAUUUUUGGGAUCAUUUUGUUUUUUAUCAAUCAUCAUAACACUGGAUUUACCUCAAGAUGACACUUAAACAUAGCAUUGGAUAUUUUUGGUUACUUCUUAUGGUAGGAAUUUCAGAAGGGGGAAUGCAUAAUUUAAGAGAAUUAACUGGGUCAAUUAAAUUGAAAGGAGGCACAUUAAAUAUUGGGGUGAAAGAUUCUACCUCUAUGACAGGAGAGCAUCCACCUAGAGAGGUCACAGUGAAACCAUUUGAAAUUGACAUCUACCCGGUUACAAACUGGCAGUAUCUUCAUUUUAUUGGGCAAAAGAAGAAAUUCAUACCACUGUCUACAUCUCGGGGCUGGAGCUAUGUGUUUAAGAAGGACAUAAUGAAGGACCCUAACCGUAUAACUGAUAAAUCCAUACCCUCUCAACCCUGGUGGUCUCCUGUUAGGGGUACAACAUGGGAAACGCCUGAAGGACCGGGUUCAUCUAUGAAGAUGGACCACCCUGUGGUCCAUGUGUCCUUUGAGGAAGCUAAACUCUACUGUAAAUGGAAGGGGAAACGACUACCUACAGAGAACGAGUGGGAGUUUGCAGUCAGAGGAGGUCUCAGAUCAAAGGCGUUUCCAUGGGGAGAUCACUAUAAACCUAACAGGAUGAAUGCAUGGCAGGGAUCGUUUCCUCUCAAAAAUACAGAAUCUGAUGGCUACUAUACGACAUCACCCGUUGACGCAUUUCCACCACAGAAUGACUUCGGACUGUAUGACAUGAUUGGCAACGUCUGGGAAUGGACGGAUAGUGUCUACGAAGCACGUGGAGAUAGGCAUCGUUCGAGGAUGGCCCAGGGGAAGGGACGUAAACACGUUUUGAAGGGGGGUUCUUUCAUAGACAUAAGAGAUGGUCUUCAUGGGUUGGAAGACUCUAGCGUGUUGACGUUACCUGUAAGAUGUGCUUCAAGGUUAGGCAUGUAUGGCAAUGUUACUACCAAUACAAUAGGAUUUCGAUGUGCCAGUCCUAUACAGGUCAUCGCCACCUCAACAUUGGCUCCUCCCACUGGGCCUCGUUUCCACAAACUCAGUGAGACUUUUGAGUAUAAAGAACAGAAACGAAGAGAAGAGGAACUUAGAUUUAAAAAUGAUGGAGAAGACCUGUUUGACAUUGAGGAUGGGGUUGAUAUCGAAGAUUUAGUUUCGUUUUCCAAACAUAAUUUAACACUAGGAAAUUCCAAACGUGAUGAACUUUGACGAAUUUAAUAUAGAACAUGGUGGUCCAUAGCCCAUAGAAACAAAACCUAAUAAAAACGGGCCUACCUUAAAUGCAUAUUGUGAAACUUUCAUACGUACUAAUUCAAAUCCCUAAAGAUGAGGGGAUGCGCGAGCAUGUCUAGCCCGAAAAUAGGUUUUUUUUAACUCAGAAUGUUUGGCCCAACACAAGAUGCUACGCAAAAUACG